AUGCUGCGCCCGCGGCACCAGCCGUCGUCUUGCCGCGACCGUACGCGCGAGUUCCGCGGCGCGUACGGCGCCGCCGGUGGCUCUCCCGGCCCCGGGCCGUUAGUAGUGUCGGAGUUCAGGAGGCGAGCCGCCGGCGUCGGGCACGGCAUCAACGAAGCCUCGAGGAAGAUCGCGCACCUCGCGCAGCUGGCAAAGAGCACAUCUGUUUUUGAUGACCCUACUGCCGGUAUACAAAAUCUGACUGCUGCAGUCAACAAGAACAUCACUGCCUUGAAGGCUGCUGUUUUAGACCUUCAGAUCCUCAUCAAAUCACAAAGCGAGGGUGGAAAAAUUUCACAAGAUGCAGCGAAUCAUUCAACUGUGAUAGUAGACAUCCUGAAAGAAAGCCUAACGAACACCACAAAGGAAUUCAACGAAGUUUUGACCACGAGGGCAAAGAUCUUGAGGGUCCAUCAAGACAGAAGAAAUUUUUUCUCAUUGUCAGCUUCAGGGGACGGAUCAAAUCCUUCCGUCAAGCAGGGUCAACCAUCUGAGUCCAUAGCUUGUGCACCAUGGGCUGUUAACUCUGCUUCUAACUCUUUGUUUCAAAGGCAGAGAAAUAGAGGUGAUAUAUCUUGUUCAUCUGGGCAGCAGCAGCAGCAGCAGUUAGCUGUCCAGCAGCACAAUUACAUACAGAGCAGAGCAGGGGCUAUUCAAAACGUGGAAUCAACCACCAACGAGCUGACCCAAAUUUUCAGACAACUAGCAACUAUGGUUUCUCAGCAAGGAGAGGUAGCAAUCAGGAUCGAUGAGAACAUGGAUGACACUCUUGUUAAUGUAGAGGGUGCCCAAGAGCAACUCCUCAAGCAUCUCAACAAUAUAUCAUCUAACAGGUGGCUGAUGAGCAAGAUCUUCAUUGUGCUCAUUAUUUUCCUCUUGAUAUUUGUGCUCUUCAUCACGUGA